AUGCCGCCGCCAGUAACAACACCAGAGUUUCGGGUGGCGGAGCUCGUGUCUUGCCUCAAGAAGCACCCCGCUGACAAGGAUCGCCUUCUCGCGCGCAUUGAGAAAGGACAGGCCCUCAACAUCAAGGGGGUGCAGUUCACGAUCGAGGAGAUGGAGCUGGCGUUGAUGCAGUGCAACGAGUGGACCGACUUGCCCGACGAUGAGAAGCCCUUCCACAUGGGCGAGGCUGCUGGGUCUGGAGAUGCUGCUCCACCAGGCGUCCUUGAUUUCGAUCACCUUCAACUCGCACUUGUGCCAGUACCAGUGGCGCCACCGCUUCCACCUCCUGCUGACCCGCCCCCCGACGACGUCGCGCCAGCCACGACUACGAGCGACGCCACGCACCCACCUCAGGGCCUCAAGUGGACAGACUACGAGCUCAGCGCCUUGGAGGGGGCGCUCAACGUGUUUCGGGAUCGCGUCGGGGGCCGAUGGUUCGUUGCCCUCUCGACGACGUGCGAAUGGGUGAAGUUGGAGCGGACUCGUAACCUCAGCACCUUCGACGUCGAGUUUGGGUUGGACGGCGCCCCCGCGAUUAUAUUCGAGGUGCUGCCCGAGAGCGUCGACGGUGAUGGGCACGCCUGGGAAGUCAACCAUACGCUUGGAUUCACUUCGCUCGAGUACACGACCAAGGCAACCAAUGCCAAAGUAUUGAUAUGUAAGGAAGCCAACGAUUACUUCGGGAUAUACUCAUUAUCAGAAGCCGCGUCGCGCCACACCUCCCACGUCGUUCGGAUGAAGACAGGUGUCGGAGUUAAACGUAAGUUCGCCAACUUGUCGUUCGUAGUGAAUGACGUGCUCAAUCUGCUGGACUUGGGUCGAACUACUGCCAGCGGCAGUGUCUGGGCAGCGAGGUACUGGCCUUCAUGGGGAAAAUGUUUGAAGAAGCUCGGCAUCACGAGCGUCGAGAAGUCAGUGCAGACUGAGCCCGGCAGGAAGAAGCAUGGGGGCGACCCUACGAGAGUAUUGAAGUGGCCGUCUGUCUCGACAGAGGCCUUGUUUGCGAUGUGUUGUCGCUGGGCAUUUUGUUCGCAGCAGCAGGGUGGCUUUUCGCAGGAGAAGGACCAGGCCUCUGCCAAGCUGAUCAUCGGGACAAUGCUGAAGAUAGCGAUGCGUGGGAGAUCUACGAUACCGCUCUACUUCAAGAACGUCAGGCGAAUCCCCUUCGGUCAGAUCCUUGGCGACAGAGGCCCGUUCUACGUGAAGAUAGACAGCAGUAGCCUCGACUUGAGCAUCUUCCAGAAGAGCCGCAUGAGGGCCGACGGCGUCGAGGCUGUCCGCUUGUGCUCGUAUUUGGAGAAGGGGAAUAUUAACGGCCAGGACAUCCACAUCAUGACGUUCUUGGAGGCCAUCGCGCCGUCGGUCCACUGCAUGAGCACGUGCUCCCAUAUCUGCUGGAGAGUAGGUGAGUACGUCGAGGGUGCCAUCAGCACGAGCUUGGACCACGACGAGCGGUUCGACGACUUCGACGCCUCGAGCCCAGACGACUGCAACACCUCGGAAGCUCAAGUCGGCCAUGAGAAUGCAUUGUAUUUGCUCGGUUGCAAGGCCCACGUAGAUCAAUGCGGCGUGCAGUUUUUGAGUUUCGCCACCGACAAGUCUCGCGUGAGGGGCGUGGGGCUGCAGAACACGCCUUCGCGACGCCAGAUGGGGACAUCGCCCUACACAGGCCACAGCACCAUGGCGAGCGUCCUGUCUGACGCUGGCGGCGACGCAGCGCCCGCCCAGAGGGAUCGGCAGCGCGCCUGGUUGAAGAGGAAACUAGACGAGUCCGCCACGUUCAAGCCGAAGAAAGUUCACCGCAAGUCAGCCUUCCAGUGGCUCGCUGCUCUCGACAACCAGGUCAAGUCAUUCGGCGUCGACGGCGGCCUGCGGACAUACAGCCAGCCAGAGGGCAUCUCCACGCGCGAGCCAGCGCUGAAGCGGCCCAGGAUCUCGGCCGCCUGCGACCUCGGACCGGGCGGAGUUAGCGCCCUGAGCUUCUGGAUUCACCAGUUGCGAGGCUGCGUCGACGUGACCCCUGACCCCUCGCACGGGGUUCACGGCGACAUGUACAACAGCCUCAAAUUCGCUGGGUUGUUCGAUCAUUUGCUGUCCGACGUCAUCCGCAUCAACUUCGUGAACGGGCCCUGGUCGGAAGACACCCAUUUCAAGCGCAUGCAGCAAUGCUUCCAGGACACGUUUGAGACCAGCUCCCCUGACAAGAACGUACUGUUCCAGGAGAUGAUGAACGACAUGUUGGCGGACCCGUCGGCGAAAGACAUCCGUGGUGAUGAGGGCUGCGGUCAGCUACUGUGGGACGCUAUUCCAGAGAGCAACCCCUUGGUAAAACGUGGAGGCAAAGCUGUCGUGGGCAGGUUCAUGGAAAUCAUUCGCCGCAUCAGGAAGGAGCUUAACGAUUACAAUGUCAAGAGGUUAUGCGUCCUCACCGCGUGCCUCGAGCUCGACCUGCUGAGCAGCAAGGCUGCCUCGAAGAGACUGGGCGCGCCUGCCGACGAGAAGACGACCAACGUUAAGAAGAACACGGACAACGUCGAGCUACUUCGCUAG